GCGACUCGUCAUGCAAGACAGCAUGCCAAGGACCCAUCGCGCUCUGGGAAUAGAGCGAACGGUCGACAGCGGACAGUUCCAUGGCAUAGUCAAUGCCAUAACAGUGUAUGUCGGCAUCUUCAAAGUUCAAGGGCUGUAUCUCGAUACUCCCUUCACACUAGUAGAGCGGGUAAAGACAGUAUAGAUGACCUACAGUACCCAUGCUGGGUAUCCAGCCUUAUAUAGCGUGAGAGAGAAAACGUCUGGUGGAAUUAUCCAGGGAACAUCUCGAUGAAAGACGUCGUAAUACAGCUCUGCGUUGCCAACGCUCCAUGAACCUCGUUGUGAAGCACUUCCAGUGUGCGCCCUGCCCGAAAACUCUGCUCAAAGC